AUGCGAAAACUUGUCGCCUAUAUUUCGUACCUUUUAAUUUUUACUGGUUUUUUUACCGCACGAGCUGAUAAUGAAACAAAUUUGGAAAUGCCAACACAAUUUCAAAUGCCGCAAACGCGCGAAAGUUACUUUGGCGUACCAGGCUCUUUUCAUGUGGAGGCAAGUACCGAUGAUGACCUUACUGAGCUACUAACUAUGGAUCCAUAUCCCAUAACGGUGCAAGCAAAUGAUCCAGCGUUUGCUGAAUGCGUUCCGGAGCAGUGGGAUGUUGACUUCUAUAUGUCACAAGUGGAUUUCGAAUUACCAGACGGACUCAUAGAAAGAUUACGCCAGGAAUCUUUAACUCAGAUUCAGGAAAGCAGCCAAAUUCAACUAGCAGGAAACUCUGGAAAAACUGAGUCUGAUGAACUGGAAGCUGACUUCCCUCCGUUAGGAACGAAUUUCGAAUUACCAUACGGGUUCAUAGAAGGAUUAGGCCAGGAACCACUAAAUCGUGAUCAAAAAUUUUUUGACGAACCCGCUGAGCCUGAAACCUCCAGAAAGCUUCCCAACGAUUACAUAUCGCAGUAUGAGAAUUUCGUUAAUCAGAUUUACAACCACGAUAAAAAUCUUGCUCAGCAGCCGCACAGUUCCUCUGAUCUACUGUCUAACACUCAAAUUCCGGGAAGCAACCAAAUUCAACUAGCAGGAAGUUCUGGAAAAACUGAGUUUGAUGAACUGAGGGAAAGUGUAAUUUUUCAACAGAUUUUUGGCGAAACGGAUGGCGAAUCCUCCAAGAAUAUUACAGAUUACGGAAAUUCGUCGAAAAAGACAAACGAUCGUGACAAGACCUUGAAGGAAACUACAGCUGGUGAUAAAGCCUUGACAAGUGAUGGUGAACCGUUGAAGGAAAUUACGAAAAUCAGCGAACGUUUGGAGAAAACCGCGGUUGCACCCCCUGACUACUUGUGUGGGUUUUCCGGAUGUAAGGAGGGCUUCAACCUGAACGAAAGAUACGUGCAGCAUUUGCGAAGCCACAAUAAAAGAAGCGAAUUCGUCUGCCACUGGUUACGUUGUGGUACUCCCCUCGCAACUGCCGCCUUACUUUCUGAGCACCUCCUGCAGCAUGUGCUGACUAAUUCCCCCAAAGCUUCAGUGCAUAAGUGUGCGGACUGUCUUGAAUGGUUUUGGAGAAAAACGCGCCUCACAUCACAUCAAGCCAAAAGUCACAUCGACCGAGGUUUGAAUUUAGUUUAG